CUCGGUCAUCUUGCACGUGUAUGUAACUAUGUUGACGCAGUUCUCAUCGAAUUAUCCCGUGCUACGAUCAGUUCUGCCCUGGACAUCGGGACAUAUUGCUACCUCCUUCGGUUAUCAACAAUUUAAUACGUCAAUAAUUCGUGAUCGUGAAAAAGGUGAAUGUGAUUGACUGUUGUGGAAAGCUCACUUGUUAGGAUAGUCAACGUCUCAAUACUCCAGGGGUUUAUGGUGUGGUUGCCAUGGCAGCCCGAAGUACUGUACUAGUAGGUGUAACAACUGGUGCUGCUGCUUGUCUAGUUGGCGCUUAUUGGUAUCUGCGUAAAAAAACUGUCAAUGCUGUGGUGACUGCUAAAACACCUAAAGGUCUAUUUGACGUUUCUUCUAUUUGUGACGAUGUUAAUGUUGAUACACAGAAGAGAAGUUUGCAGUGGAGUGUGGAAGCUGCUCUAGGGAACCAAGAUGCAGAGGUUCUGAAAGAUGAUUCAGAAUUGAUAGAAUAUUCGGCAAAGGACAAAGAACCGCUUUUGGAAUUUGAUGGAAAUGUGGAUUUUGAUGAGAAUACAUUGCAACAAUGUACACAAACUGUUCAGUCACAGACUGAAGCAUUGGAACAAACUGAAACAGAAGAAAAUUCACUGAUACCGUCUGAAAAUGUAGAAGGGGAAAAAAGUGAGAGUUUGGUUGUGACUGAUCAACUGUUGCACAAAUCACAGGAUAGUGUGGAAAAUGUUUUGGAGUUUGAUUCCAUAACUGUUCACCGCAACAAAUUGGAAAACAGGGAAAAUAUGAAAGGGGUAGAAUCUGAUGAAUGUGAGGUAGUACCUCAGAGGGAAAUGAUGCAAGAUUUUGAGGAGACUACUACUCAGCAUGAAAACCAGCCACAGGGUAUGCAAGAUGUUGAGGAGACUACUACUCGUCAUGAAAACCAGCCACAGGGUAUGCAAGAUGUUGCAGAAAGCUGGGAUGAGUGUGCAGAUGUAACGGUGUCAGAUGAAACGUUGGAAUGUAAAAGUGUUGAAUGUGAGUUGGCUAACAAUCAGGAUAAUGAUAUCAAUGAUUCUUCAGUUCCAGUCACUUGUCUACCGGAGUGUGUGGACACUGCAAGUUACUUGCCAACUGAGGAAGUGGAACAAAAACAGCAGUCUACUCGGGUAGACUCAUUAGAACCAGUUGAAAAUGAAGACGCCAUGGUAACAGAGACCGUUAAAGAAUGGGGUGAUUCUGUGUCUGAAGAAGAACAGUCGGAAGAGGCUACAAAAGUUGAGUAUGAAGAUAACACAGUAGUAGAAUUGAAGGAAAGCAGUUCUGAAUGGGGGUUAAUUAUGCAAGAUCAAACUGAGCCUGUGACGGAAAUGGUGGUUGAAGAUGAUAGCAUUGAGGUGAUAGAACAGGAACCUGAAUUUAAUCAGUCUCUGUCACCGGAAUAUCUGCCUGAAGAGAUGGGGUAUUACCAGGAUAUGGAGCAUGGCAUGAUGGGAAAUGGAUCUUCGCUCCUAUACGAUUCUGUGCAAUAUGAUCCUGUAAUUUAUACUGAUACAUCACCACAGAUGUACUAUAAUAAUAAUACCUGCAAUGUACAAUAUGGUGAAGAUAUGAAUACUUCUCCAAUAGUCAAUGGUUCUGAUGUUUAUUCAGUAACUGAAAAUGUGAGUGAUGUUUCAUCGAGCGACAGUGGUGCCAGUGGAACCAACAACCAACAAGAACAGACGCAGAUAACCUAUGAGUUUGAAUUUCCCACUUGUGAAUGCGGUCGUCUGAUUGGAAGAUUGGGUAAGAAUAUCAAACAUCUGCGUCAACAGUCUGGUACGGUUAUUAUAAUGAAGAAAAUUCCAUUUGAUAAAGAUUUUCAGAUUUGUUCAAUAACGGGUACACAGAGUCAAUUAGACAUUGCAUUGAGUCUUAUUGCAAAGAAGUUUCCCAAAGUUGACAUCACCCGCAGUGCCUCUCCAAUUGGUUGUGGAUCACUGGAACUUCAGUUGGCUAUCCCAGAAGACAUCUGUGCUGAUGUGAUUGUUACUAAUAUUACAACAGCCGGUCAUAUAUUUGUACAGCAGCCAAUGAACCCUUCCUUCGCAUCAUUGUCAAAUUUGAAUGCUGCUAUGGCGAUGUGUUACAAUCCCCCGGCUGUCACUCCUGAUAUCAUUGAACCAGUACAAGUUGGUACAAUUUGCGCUUGCUCAAGAGGAGCUUGGUAUAGGUGCCAAAUUGUUGAAGUAAACGCUGAUACCAAUGAAGUGGACAUCAAAUAUUUGGACUAUGGUGGUUAUGAACAAGUCAAUGUGAGAGAACUGAAAAAAAUCCAUACAGAUUUCAUGGCACUGCCAUUUCAGGCUACUGAAUGCUAUAUGGCUUACAUUUCACCAUUAGAAGAUGAGGAAUACUUUUCUCAGGAGUCGGAGAUUGCUUUGGAAGAGAUAACCAUGUCUGGGGCUCCAAUACAGAUUCAGGUUGUAGACUAUGCUGAUGAUGGCAUACCGAUGGUGGAUAUGUAUGCAUAUCCUAACAAUAAGAUGUGUUACGUGAACAGAGAACUUGUUGACCGGGGACUAGUUUCAUGGGAAGAAAGACCUGAAGUAUAAAUAUUUACAUUAAAAUUAUUUUUGCAUAAUAACAUAGCAAUAAGUGAAGUAGUAAAGAAAAUAUAAUGUAUUUCAUAACAGUGAAAUAAUUAAUUUUCUAUAUUUUGCUUGAAAUAUAAAAUUGGUUUGUAUAGAAUAGAAAUGUUAAUAAUUUUGUUUGUUGGUGUUCUUAUUAUAACAGUAGCUAUUGUGGAUAAUAUUUGUAUCAAAUUAUUGCUGCUCCACUUGUUACACAACAAUCUGAAAAAUAAACAAUGAUAUAAUAGGUGUGUGUUUGUGUUGAAACACAAAUAAUGUAGACAAAAGGUCGGACUAAUCUUUCGGUUUAUACUUUAGUCAUAAUUAGUAUGAGAAUAUUAAUCGUCUUCUUCCUGCCAAGUGUGUAACAUUUUUUUAUUUUUUUUCUAUUUCUUUGUUAAUUUUGGUACAAAUGGAUACUACUUUUGAUACCCAAGCUGCCUCAGUUUUCUUCGCUUCAAUAACAAAGUCUCCAGAACAUUUGCUGUGCAUUUCCUGUUCCACCAACUAUAAAUUUGCAUAUCGCAUACAUUAAUUUAGCCCUUGAAAAAAUCAUCCAAUCAUGUAAAUGUAAAUUAUUAAAUUACAUGCCCAUAUUUGUCAACUGGCAGGUGAUUCAUGCUGUUGUAUUUCUAUUUGCUAAAGCAUUUUUAAACAAGUUUUGUUUGAGUCUAACUAUGACUGGCAGGAUGCAAAUUAAUUUGGCAUGUUAAAUUAUAAUUUUGACUUGAUUGCCACAGAAAUGCACACUCCAAAAUGGUGGUUUCUGAGAAAUGUACUCCUAAAUAGGAACAAACUCCCAGAAAUAUUAUCAUAAAUCUUUAUGCAACUUGCGUGUAUUUUGUCAACCCCCAUAAUCCUGCAUUAAAUGGAUUCAAAUUGAACCGAAAUGGCCACGAUACAAAGUCAUCAAACGCAUAUUGAACGAUUUGAUGCUUUGGCUGGAGUUACUGUUGACAGAAAUGAGAACUUGUUGACUUUGUGCAGAGACAACUUGAAAGUUUUGAGAAAAUUAUGCAAACAUUCUUGAAAUAGCGUGAUAUCUUGACACAUUUGUCAACCGAUGUAGGUAUUCCAACUCGAGUCGGUCGAGGUGCACUGAAACAAAUUGAUUUUCCAGAAACCUUAAAUAAAAUAAAAAUGAACUUCCACCCUGCCAAUAUUACUUUUCGCUCAUUGUGUGUUAUAUUCAAGCAAAAUAUAGUAAUAUCCAUGAAUUCGAUUCUAUGCAGACAAGAACUUCCUGAUUUGAGACUCGGUUACUUCCAGUAACUUGUGCAAUCAUUAAAAGUGCAGAUAAAUUGUAUAGCAAAUAUUCAGUAGCGAAGCACAGAAAACUGACUUGGGCAGCUUGGGUAAAUUUUUGAUUACCUCCAUGUCUUUAUCCAAUUUUUUUUACAAUUCUGAAAAAUGUUGUGGGUUUAUUUUUUAAUCGGUGACAAAAGUUAACUUCUGAAAACAUAGGUUAAACAGAUAGUCAUCAGAACUGUGCAUUGUACGAUUCUGUUCAUGGGACUUGAAUCACAACCAACAAGUUUUCAAUGAAAAGUUUUAGAGAAAUCUAAGUCAAGUUGUGUAAAUCGAAGAGAAUUAUGGGUAAUUUGUCAUGCUGUGAAGUUCUGUUGAAUGCAGCUUUCCAGUUUAUUUUGAAAAAUAUUAGAUUGGUCACAUGCAGGCAUUAUUUGUCUUGUAUCCCCCAAGUGCUGUAUCUUGUUACUAACUCUGAUAAUAAAAUAGGGCUAUGAAUUGAUAAAU